GGCGCUUCUCCCUCUCACCCAUUCGUCAUUUCGCAAAUCUCUCUCUCUCCCUCUCCACGCCAAUCUCUCUCUCGAGGAGGGCGAUCAAGCCCUAACCCUAACGAAGCCCCCCGCGACGCCGCCAUCCAGAUCCCCGGAGCCAGAGGCAUUGCUCGUCGUGCCGGGAGAUUCGCCGAUCCGCCAGAUCGGCCUGACCGAGGGUUCCGAUGGAGGGUUCCGAGGCAGCGCAGCAGAAGGACAGCGUGAAGGUGGUCGUCAACAUCCGACCGCUCAUCACGCCGGAGCUCCUCCUCGGCUGCACCGACUGCGUCACCGUCACGCCCGGCGAGCCGCAGGUCCAAAUUGGCCCACAUGUCUUCACGUAUGACCAUGUAUUCGGCAGCACAGGCUCUCCUUCCUCGUUAAUAUUUGAGCAAUGUGUGCAUCCUCUCAUUGAUUCAUUAUUCCGUGGAUACAACGCUACAGUCCUAGCUUAUGGGCAGACUGGCUCCGGCAAGACAUAUACAAUGGGUACUAAUUAUACUGGUGAAGCUAAUUGUGGAGGAAUAAUUCCUCAAGUUAUGGAGACAAUAUUCAAAAAGGCCGAUGCAUUGAAGGAUGGCACAGAGUUUUUAAUUAGGGUGUCCUUCAUUGAGAUCUUCAAGGAGGAAGUCUUUGAUUUGCUAGAUGCAAGUCAUGCUGCCCUCAGACUUGAUUCAGGGUCUGUAGCCAAAGCAACUGCACCUGCCAGAGUGCCAAUUCAGAUUAGAGAGACUGGUAAUGGCGGCAUUACACUUGCUGGUGUGACAGAGGCUGAGGUGAAGACAAAGGAAGAAAUGGCCUCAUUUUUGGCACGUGGUUCUUCCUCGCGUGCAACAGGAAGUACAAACAUGAAUAGUCAGUCAAGCCGGUCUCAUGCUAUCUUUACAAUUUCAAUGGAUCAAAAGAAGACCUCGAGUGCCUCUGACAAGUUAUCUAACGAUGACUAUGAUAUUUUGUCCUCAAAGUUUCAUCUAGUUGACCUUGCGGGUUCUGAAAGGGCUAAACGAACAGGAGCUGACGGAUUACGGCUUAAAGAAGGAAUACACAUAAAUAGAGGCCUUCUAGCCCUUGGCAAUGUCAUUAGUGCAUUAGGCGAUGAAAAGAAGAGAAAAGAAGGAGCAUUUGUCCCAUAUCGGGACAGUAAAUUAACACGUCUUCUGCAGGAUUCGCUUGGAGGAAACAGUAAAACUGCUAUGAUUGCUUGCAUUAGUCCUGCCGAUUCAAAUGCAGAAGAAACCAUAAACACACUCAAGUAUGCCAAUCGUGCACGGAACAUUCAAAAUAAAGCUGUGAUAAACCGUGACCCAGUUACAGCAGAGAUGCAAAAAUUAAGGAGUCAGUUGGAGCAGUUGCAGACUGAGCUCCUGUUCUCCCGCAGUGGGAGUGCUGCUCUAGAAGAACUGCAGCUGCUGCAACAAAAAGUGUCUCUACUUGAGCUAAAAAACUCAGAGCUUAACCAUGAGCUUAAGGAAAGGGAAUUGUCAUAUGAACAGUUGGCACAAAGUGCACUUGCCGCCCAGCUUGAAAAGGACCAGUUGAUGUUGAAGAUUGAAUCAGCACGCAAUGGGAAAUCAUGGGAUGACAUUGAGAAUACUGAUACUGACCAGGAUGUGGAGGUCAUGAAGAGAUAUAUUUUGAAAAUUCAGCAGUUGGAGAGUGAACUGACAAGGCAAAAGUUCUCUAGUACCUGCAAAAAUGAUUUACAUGAUCGGUUUGCCAUGGACAAGGAUUUGCUUCUCGAUGACUUGGGUUCAGGUUGUGAAGUAGGAACACCUGAUGCUUCAAGUGAAGCCGAUGAAGAAAAGGAAAGAGACCAUUCAUCCAUGCAAGACAAACUUGAUAAGGAACUCCAGGAACUAGAUAAAAGACUUCAGCAAAAGGAGGCGGAGAUGAAAGAAUUUGCAAAAAGUGACACCUCUGUUCUCAAGCAACAUUACGAGAAGAAGUUAAAUGAGAUGGAGCAAGAAAAGAAGGCUCUUCAGAAAGAAAUUGAGGAACUUCGUCAUGCAUUAACCAAUAUUACUUCUUCUACUGAUGAGAGUGCACAAAAACUGAAAGAAAACUACCUUCAGAAGCUGAAUACACUUGAAUCUCAGGUCUCUGAGCUAAAAAAAAAGCAGGAAGCUCAACAGCAGCUAAUACGACAGAAACAGAGAAGUGAUGAGGCUGCUAAGCGCUUGCAAGAAGAUAUUCAUCGUAUAAAAUCUCAAAAGGUUCAACUUCAACAAAAGAUUAAGCAAGAAUCUGAGCAAUUUAGAUCUUGGAAGGCUGCUCGGGAAAAGGAAGUUCUUCAGCUCAAGAAGGAAGGGAGAAGAAAUGAAUAUGAGAUGCAUAAACUCCUGGCCCUAAAUCAGAGGCAGAAAAUGGUUUUACAGCGGAAAACUGAAGAAGCAGCAAUGGCUACGAAAAGACUGAAGGAGUCGCUUGAAGCAAAAAAGUCCACCCGUGACACAUAUGGAAGUGCAAGCGGUUCUGGGAUUCAGGCUUUAAUGCGGGCCAUUGAUGAUGAACUUGAAGUGACUGUAAGGGCAUACGAAUUGCGUUCGCACUACGAGCGACAAAUGCAAGAGAGAGCAGCAAUCUCCAAGGAAAUAGCAAAGCUGAAAGAGUGUCCUCAGGCUAUGUCUCCUAGUGCUAGAAGUUCUAGGAUAUCAGCGCUAGAAAACAUGCUGUCAUCAUCCUCUAGUGCAAUGGUGUCUAUGGCUUCUCAACUGUCUGAAGCGGAGGAGCGAGAGCGUGCAUUCAAUGGUAAGGGCAGAUGGAACCAUGUAAGGUCCCUUCCUGAUGCGAAGAACACAAUGAAUUACCUUUUUCAGUUGGCAUCAUCUUCAAGAUGUCAACAACUUGACAAAGAGGUGAUGUGUAAAGAGAAAGAACACCUCAUUUGUGACCUGAAGGAAAAGGUGGUUGCACUUAAUGGUAGAAUCAGACAAUUAGAAACUCAAGUGAAGGAUUUGAAUAACCAAAAUAUGCUGUUAUUUACUGCUAUAAGUGAAGCAAAAAAUCCUGUUGGCACUUCCAGAAAGGGUACUGUUGGUUCUGAAGAUGGUCAACAUUAUGCUAUGCGAAAGAGCAUUCGAGCUUCCCAUAGUUUACAUUAUAGUAAGAACAGCUUCUUGUGGUCUGAUGACAUGGAUAUAUCAGAUUCUGAGAAAUCGGAAGGAUCUGAUGCAGAUUGGGAAGCAUCUGAUGCAGACUACGGAGCAUCUGAUGCAGAUUGGGAAUGUUCGAAGAAGGUCAGAAGACGUCGGCAAACAGUGUCCAGCCAUCUGAAUCCUAACCCGGGUAGUGGUACUACACAAAAAAGUGCAAAAUCAGAAAUGGCCAGUCAAGAAAAGUCUACUUCACUGGACCUUGCUCCACAGUGCUGCUCAUGCUCGAAAUACUCAUCCUGCAAGACCCAAAAAUGCGAAUGUAGAGCUUCAGGUUCACAUUGUGGGGGUGAUUGUGGAUGUAUUACCUCCAGGUGUUCUAAUAGGGUGGAUAUGAAGGAAGAAAAGGAAGGUGGUGGGGUGGUUGAAGUAUCUUCUUCAGAUGAUGUGGAUGAUGCAAAAGUUCAGGAAAUUGUGAAGGAGGGCGUCAUGCUUCUUGAGAAUUCUAUGUCAGAGAAGGAAGCUCAAGAGACAAAAUCAAGAAAACCACUGGCUGAUAUUGGAAAUGGUGUGGUGAAACAAACUGGGGCAAAACCAAAGCAAAGGAAGAAUUGGCGCAAGUCUACCGUUCAGCUCGUCCCUUCAGCGCCACCUCUCCCACCCACGGCGCCGCAGAACACCGAGCCGGUUCCACGGAACAGAGACAUACCCCUCAGGCUGCCCCGAGCAAUGUCCUCACCAGCUGUGGACAGCAUCCCUCUCACGGACCGCAACGCCGCGAAGCCUGACGAAUCCAUGAGCAGCAACAAGGAGAACGUCACUGCCGUUCGUGCGAGAUCUCCUGCUCGGCCGAGAAAGAACGCCAACGAGAAAGAGAAUCACUUGCGAUGAUUAGUUGAUCAAUUGGCUCACUCGAGCCUGUGAAGCUGCAAGCAUCCAACGGCUUUGUUGCGAAGCCUUUUGAUGUUACUUGGUGGUGGGGAUGCUGCCUCGGUGUCCCUCGGCAUGGCCGGCUGCGGAGGCAAAUAGAAGUGAACCUCUGGAGUUCCUGUGAACUGACCCGCUCGUGAUGCACCGUUGUUUCACUUUGUUGUCUUUUGUUAAGCUAUGGCUGAUCACUCAACGUUGAAUGUAGACACUUUGUACAACUCUUGUUGAGAUGAAUUAAGUUGGUUAAUUUAUCUCAUGGUAAUGGGUAACAUUUCCAUCAGUUGGCUCGCA